AUAACAAACUCUACAGUACCAGUACUGGCACGGUACUCCGAACCACCGGAUCGCCCUCUUUCCGCCGCCACCGGUGGUACAUCGGUAACGCAAAACAAACGCGAGCGAAAAUCGUGAUCGACGCGAUUUCUACAUCCCUUACGCGCGCACGAUAAUUCGAGAUUUACGUGCACGUGAUCGCGCGCGAUUUCCUUGCCGCGAUUCCUCGUUGCUUCUACCGGAACGAGUGUAUCGGUAAAUCGUCCGGUUUUCGCGUGCUCUUCCGCUUUCCCCCGGUGGAACUCCGCGGAUGUUCGCAUCUUUCAAUUGGCGUGCAUCCGGAUUGCACGUCAUCGAUCGCGAUCGCAACGACGAUAGAGACAAUGUUUCCAAGUUUCAUCUGUUCUCCCGUCUCUUCUCUCCUUCGCUCUUUCCUUGCGUCCACGAUCCAGUGGAUCUAUAUUAGUUCCUGAAAGUUCGCGUAAAGAAUGACAAAAGGAGAUGGAUUUGUUGUAACUUCUCGCCGUAUUUUUUUCUAUGGAACACUCGCACGCAGUUUGUAAAAUGUAAGAUUGCAAUUGCACAUAUUACUUUGUUGCUCGAUUAGAUAAGACAAACUUGCACGCGUGGGUUCAGUGGAUACGAGGCGGUUAUUUGGCGGACUCGGGGCUAAAUUUCCUACGGGCUGGUUUCACCGAUGUCGAUUAACGUAAACUGUGAUUGACUGAGGGUCGGUUGUAGCAACGUCGCUUAGGGCUCUGACAUUGCUUAAGUCAAUUUUCUCUCCGUCUCUCUCUCUCUCUCUCUCUCUCACAUAUAUACACACACACGCGCGCGCGCGCACACACACACAUCCCGUUCGCAUCUCGGAGAGAACUAUAAUCUACAAAGGGGUAACCAGGUCGCGAUAGACCCAGUUGUUGGAUCAGGCUUGCCCGAGUUGCGUGAUUGAUACAACUCAGUCGCCCGUUCGCCGUCUACGCCGAUGAAUGACGCGUGGACUAGUGCAUUCGACAAAUAUUCCCGCUUUCAACAUCAUGAAAUCUUCCGCCACACAGCCCGAGCAGAAACGCGACGGAUCGAUUUUUCAUCCCCCUUCUUUGUUGGACCACGCGCUCGUGGUUAACGCGUUAAUCGACGGACCGGCAAAACUCGCGGCCGCGAAAAAGACGAACGACGACGCGGAGAUUGCUCGUCCACCUUGUCGUUCUCUUUUGUACGCCGCUGGUUAUGGUGUAUAACUUGUUGCUCCCGGGCAAACGAACGUGCAGCGGCCGCGAAUUGCAAUUUCAGAUCUUCAGCCGGGCCACCGAUGGCAGAUUGCCAUGCCCGCUUUUGGAUAUCCUUUUUUUCCUCCCGUUUCCCGCGUCCCUCUCCACCUUUUGCCAUCGUUUCGAUUCAGCGAUAAAAACGAACGACUGUGCGCGCUUGUUACUCGGAAGUGAGGAGGAGAACGGAGGAGACAGGAAAUGAGGGAAAAGCAGAAAGAGAAAGAACAGAAAACAUCCUAAAGGAUAUACGGGAAUCCUCGAUCCCGUCGCACUCUCGGCCUUCCUCGUUAUUUGCGGCUUAGGACGGCUACAAAUCAAACAGAGUCGUCGUGACCGUACCCUACUAUGCCCCCCGAUAUUUGCCGCCACGAUUAUCCCGUUUUCCCUCGCAUGGAUUCCCGACCAUUCUCUCCAACCUCCUCUGAAGCGAGCGCCGGCCGAUUCAUUGUUGGCGGAACGCGCGGAUAUCAGACAAAUUGAAAAGUUCGUGGAGACCGUCCUCGCGAAACCUCGAUUCCUUCCCUUACGAAAGAGCAAAUCGACUGCGGGAUAUCGCAUCGCGGAUCGAGAGUAUCAUCGCGGAAACGAAGUUUCCUUUCUCCGCUUCGGAUAAUUUCUACACUCGGGCGACCUUCCAUGUGAAUCGCUCAUCGGGAGUCGCGAUCUAAAGUUGCGAGCGACAUCGUCGAACCUAAGGGUGCUGCGCGAUAAGGAGUAAUGAUCGGACGGUUUAAUCAUUUACCACACCAACGAGGGUCGCCGAGGCGCUGACACGCCAAACUCGGGAAGGAAAACUCACUGAAAAUCGGGCACGUCAACCAGCGGUGAAACCUGCCAUCUCGCUGCCCCAGUGCCGUUAACGUCGAGGACAGUCUUGUGAUAAACUUCCAGCGCACAGUGAAAUAAGUUGCGUCGUGAAUCAUCAGGCUACUGCUUGACAAACUGUCGGUAGGAUUUCGGAGCAAUUACACGCAUGGAUGGCUGCUGAUAUGUCAAAGCAUCGAGAACGUGUAUCACUCGAUCGCUCGAAGACACCGGAUUUCGGGGUAUACGCGUCCGUGUACGUGGGUAGACGUAAGGACGAAAGGACUGAUAUUCUACAAAAAAGACUCCGUGUCAAAGUCCAUGGAGUCUCGAAGCAGAAAAUUGCGGAAAAUGGAGGCUACGGAAAAUUCUGAGAUAGAGGUGGAAGCGUAUGAGAGGAGUUGCCAACAUUUAUUGGUCAGGUGUUGACUCUGCAUCUGUCGAAAACAAAGAGAAAAAACUUCGGAACCGCUUUAACGAGAGCAGACCAUGAUACAUUAUUUAAGCAGAUGAUGAAUAGCGAGCACUGAAAAUGGAAAAUACACAUCCAGCUACGAUGGAAUACCCCUUCAAUCAAACCGCGAAUUCAACAGCGGAAGAUCCGGUCUUUGGCGAUGUAUCGAUCUAUUUGAAGGCUAUCGUGCUCUGUCUUGUGAUACUUGUCACUAUCGUAGGGAACCUGUUUGUGAUGGCGGCUAUCAUACUGGAGCGAAAUCUGCAGUCCGUGGCGAAUUACUUGAUCCUCAGUCUGGCCGUCGCGGAUCUUAUGGUCGCGUGUCUCGUUAUGCCUCUCGGAGCCGUUUAUGAAAUAAACUCUGGAUGGUCACUCGGGCCGGCGCUCUGCGACAUAUGGACCAGCUUCGACGUUCUAUGUUGCACAGCUUCGAUAUUGCAUCUGGUGGCUAUCGCGGUCGACAGAUAUUGGGCAGUCACCGAUAUCAAUUAUAUACAGGUGAGGAAUUCGAAAAGAAUCAGCAUGCUGAUCGCCGCUGUAUGGGUAGUAUCUUUAGGAAUCUCAAUAGCGCCUCAUCUUGGAUGGAAGGAUCCUGAUUAUUUGGACCGCAUAGCCGAAGGGACAUGUCUCGUGUCGCAGGAUACCGCAUAUCAGAUUUUUGCAACAUGCGCAACGUUUUACCUUCCACUCUUAGUCAUCUUAUUCUUGUAUUGGAGGAUAUUCCAAGCAGCGCGAAAGAGGAUCAGGAGACGGCCCGGCACCAUUCUUCAGCCACCGCGUGAACGAAGGGGCAUCCUCAGGCUCGUCACGAGAAGGCCGCGCGAGGAGUCAACGGCAUUCACCAUCACGAGAUCCACACCGGAUCACUCGUCCAUCUCGCCAGAGAAGUCAUCGUCGUACAAUGGUGCGAACGUAACGCCGUCGGCGACGGUGACCCCCACGGCGGUCUCGACGACGACCACGACGACCACGUUGACGAAUCCGACCAGCACGAGUCAGCAGCAGCAGAUCGUAAAGUGCACGAGACACACGCGCGAGACGAUCGAGUCGAAGCGCGAGCGUAAGGCGGCCAAGACCCUGGUGAUCAUCACUGGCGCGUUUGUCGCGUGCUGGCUGCCAUUCUUCCUGGCCGCCCUGACGCAAGCCAUAUGCCAGACCUGCAAGCCGCCUGAGCUCGUGGCAAGUGUGUUCCUGUGGCUCGGAUACUUCAACAGCACCCUCAACCCCUUGAUUUACACUGUGUUCUCGCCGGAAUUCCGGCAAGCAUUCAAAAGGAUGCUGUGCGGUGGUACCCGGGGACUUCGCUGACAGUGGAUUUAAUUCCCUCGCCGCGUUGCGCGCGGCCGGGAAAACGCGUGAAACUUGUACAUACAUAUGCAUACAUACAUACAUAUAUACAUACGUACACGCGCGCAUACACGUACAUACACUGGCAUGCAGGCAUAUGUGCUCACCUCCGGAGAGUUCUUCUACCCUUCCCGGUGCUGCGUGUGUUAUCCGGAUACUCGAAUCUGGAUGUUACUACGUUAAGUGGAUACUUACGCUUGGCUACCUGCACGUGCAAUAUCUAGAUGCGAUAUCGAAAUCGACGAUUGGCACAAUUAAUUAAUAACGUUUUUUAUUUUUGAGUGUUUUUUCAUAAAAAGGGACUUCAAGAAAAUUCCACAUUUUGCUUUCUGGUUACACUGUUGUUCUAUUUCUAUUUUCUUCCUAUAUCGUCUACAUUUUUUAUUAGUGGCGCAACGCCGUCGUCAAUUUUAGGAUGUAUCAUUUAAAUCAAUCAAUAUUCGUAUCUAGAUUGAUUGUACCGGCAUCUAGACACGACGGUAUCCAAUGCAAAACACUGCUUUUUCCCUUUACAGCUGUUCAAGGUAGUCGGACCGCGCGCCGUUACUCUCAUAGGUAUUUUUAACGAGCUUCGCUCGUUCCCGUAAACAUUAGCUGAAUUUAAUCGAGAUCUCUUAUUCGCGGUUAACGUUAACUACAGUUAAUAUAACAGAUGACAGAUCCUACAUAGAAUGUUCUUGCGAAACGCUUCCUUGUUCGGCUUGUGGGACGCAGGAGAAUCAAAAAGAAUGACAAUGGCGCAAUAUUCCUCGCGAUUAUUCGAACAAGCGUGAAAAUAUCACAAUGUAAAAUGGACAUUCAAAUCCAUAAAUUUCAUUCAUUGAAAUGAAAGCCAGAACGUUUUAACGCAUUAAACUGGCUGACAUACAUGUAAUAUAUAUUUACAUACAAUGAAAAAUCCUGUCGCUCAAUAAAUAUAAUUCUAUCGGCUACAAUUAUCGAGUUUUGUUAUUGUAACAGAAAAAUGAAUAAACUAAAAGCUAUAUAAGUAUCUGAGAUAUAUAUAACUCGUAAUUUUUACUAUUUUAUUUAAACAUGAGCGAAAAAAUAGCAAGCGUGAAUCGUAAUCGUAAAGUAAGAAUUGUGAUUUAACUGCCUAUAAUUACUCACAUUUAACAUAUGUGAUAUAAGAAAAAAUCAAAGUAAACGAGUUAAAUAUCAUAUUUUAUUGUCCAUCAAAACUUUUUUAAAUACGCUCUGCCGUGGAAAAUCGCGAGGAGUGUUUGCUCUGAAGUGUAAUUGUACAGUAUUGUGUAAGCGCGCGCGAUAGUGCUUAGCGAUCGUACUUCCGAGCGACACUGUUAAAAUAGCUAUGUAUAAAAGUUUUCAAUCUUGGCUCGUCUCCAAGUUACAUACGUAACGACGUCUAAGUGUACAUUAAACUGAAACGUGAUGAAACGGAUACGUCGCACGCACCGAUAGAUCCUCGUAGAUUUGUCGCGAUUGUGUAUAAAUGAAGCUCUCGUUUGAAGAGAUAAGAACGGCAACCUCAAGCUCGACUGGUAUUAGGAUCUUACGCUUUUUAACUUGGUUCGAAAGUUAAAAGUACUUGGAAAAUUUCCCAGGUGUAAAAGAUUCUCGCCGCCUUAUUAAGGUUUGCUUAUGCAACUUUCUCAUACAGAGUUUUUUAAUAAAGAAUGAAUAAAGUAUCCGCCACACACAAGAGCAACAGAAUUGAAUAGAAAGGUCUCUCUUAUAAUAUCUCUCCUAUAAUAUCUCUCUUAUAAUAUCUCUCUUAUAAUAUCUCUCUUAUAAUAUCUUCAACGAUAUUUCAAACAAAUUUAUUUUCGCGAACGAUAUUGCAGCAUAUACUGCAUGCUUACUGUAAAAUAAAGAAUAAACAUUGAACGACGAUAAAUGAAUACAAUAUGCCUGAACAACGACGUAAAUACGCGACGUCAACUCAUAUCAUAAAUAAUCUUAGAAUCAAAAA